GAGAGGGGAGAAUUACUGUGUGUGAUUGUCAAUGUAUUUUUAGAUUUAUGCAAUAUCAACUAAUAUCUCUUGACGCACAGUUCUAGAACAACCAUGAAGCUAAUCGUUUGCACCUUGCUGCUUCUAAACGUUCAGCUGGUUUUGACCUACAAGGUUGCAGCGCUAAACUACGUACUCGAUACGAUCGAAUUUCUGGCCAGCGAAUAUUUUGGCGUUUUUAGCUGCGUUUUCUACGACAUUUCUCGACGCGAUCCAUACAACAACAUUUUGAACCAAGUUUUGCAAUCACCUCGACUGAGCCACGUCGUCAAAUAUGUCCUUAACAGUUCUUACCAAGAGGAAUUCUACGAGCAAAUGCCCUUUCAUCCAACGAUGCUGCUCAUUUAUCCUGGCAACGAAAUAGGCCACCUAGAACGCAACGACACCAUUUGGAACAUGACUUACACGAUGAAGUUGUUUGAUCCGACCACCAAGGUGGUGGUUUUGGUCGGACCCAAUCGUCGUGUGGCUAAAGCAAUGGAAGACCAAAUAUAUUGGAUCAGGUUCGCCAGCUCGGCAAUCAUGAAUAUCCUUACGAUGGGGGUCACCCUUUGCAAUGGAGUGUACUGCGCAGAUCUGCCCCAAGUUCCACAUCCGCGGUAUCUUUUCACCUUGUACGCUCGAGAAAUGAUUGGACGGAAAAUUACCUUUAUCCUGAAUGAACAGGCGAUACCCGGUUAUUGGAACCACAAAUGGGUUGAUGAAACGGCACGUUACCUGCAAACGGAUGCUGUGGAAUUACCCCACAACUGUGUUGGAACGGGUGCCGAAUUCAAGGAGUGCAUGAAACGGUACAAAUUGGAUAGUUAUGCUGCAGACAUCUUACUGGCGAGUUUUGCAGUCAAUAGAACUAGGAAUUUCCAAGAGAUUUAUACAGGCAUUCCAUGGUUCAUGAAAAUUGCUGUACCCAGAGAUAGGCCGUUGAACGCCGUCGAGCUAAUACUUAUGCCGUUUACUUGGCAUGUUUGGAUUCUGCUGAUGAUCAUUCUAGCAUUAUCCGAGUUCGUCAAACGUCUUUUUCCGAAACUCUUCAAAAAUGAUCCAAUUCUACUUGUGGUGUGUGGCUUUGAACGCCACAAUCUUCACCGAGCUGGUCUGUGGGAGAAAACAAUCUUUAUCUCACUGAUCAUCAUGAUGUUCUUCGUGUCGAGCGCAUUCGAGACCAAGAUCGUGUCAAUGAUGGUGAGCAAGCCAUCGAUCCAGCGGAUCAAAACAUUGGAUGAUAUCGUGAACUCGGAUGUCAAAUUUUACGCCGACAUUGAGCAAUGCCCCGAACUUGCACUAAAUCCGGUUGUCGGUAAACUGUUAGUUCAGGCUAAGCAAGAAAUGAUGUACGAAACCAUUCCCAACUCUGCCCACAUGAUGGAAACUGGCUGGAUUGAACUGCUGAAUGAAUUGUCCUUCGACUUUGAACGUAUGCAGCCGUUCUACGUGGUGCUCGACGAUGAGUACUACGGCGGCAACGAGAUGUACUUGGCCAAGUUCCGCAGUCCUCUGCGGGAGGUGUUCCGGUUUGUCCAUAGGAAUUUGGUUGAAGCUGGCCUGAUGAACCUGUGGAAGCGACAGUGGAGAGAAGAAGAAAUUGAGUGGUUUUCCGGACGGAGAAUUAAAAUGUACCUCGAAGAUAAAAGGGAUCUCGACUUUCAGGACAUGGAACCGGCUUGGAUAGUGCUGGCAGUUGGGUUGGGUGAAUAG